GUAUGAGCCCCCAAUAAAAUAAUUUUUAAAAAGAAUCUCAAUCGAAAAGAAAGCAGAAAAUAUUAAAAACUGCAACAAAUUUGGCUCAAAAGGGAGACCCAAUAUAAUGAUAAGGCAUUGAACUUUAACCUACCUGCAUCUGCUUUAGUCCAUUUUCCAGUGCGUUCUGCGUGAUCGCAUGGCUUUUCAUAGUCCUGGUCUGUGGCCAGAGGGGGUUUGUUGGAGGCUUCAGCCACAAUAUCAAGUAUUUUUUAACUUAAUUCUGCUAAGCGCACCUAUCUCUGUCACCGUCGAUCUCUAUCCUCGUAAUGUAUUUCCUAGUAAGUGGUUUCUGACCAUCGCCGUGAAGUCUGGACACGGUGAAGGGUAUCGGAGUGCUUCUUGGUUCACUGAAGCCACUUUUUCUUUAUAACUCCUCUCUUUUUGUUUCACAUUAUGAACCUCAACUUGAACUUCUGGGUCAGACUCUGGAAACCCCACUGAGGGAGACGAAUUAUCCAGUGAGCAUAUCAUGGUGCAGUUCAUGAAGAACAACACCUUGUCCCCCGUGGUACGAGACGUCUCUGAAGCACAUGACGAGAAAUAUUGGAGGAAUCAUACGAUAGAGGACAUGUGUGAAAUGAAUGAAGGCGGCCACUGUGGGAAAACCUUCAGCAAGAUUCCAAGCCUUACAGUUCUACAAAGAAAUCCUCUAGAAGUCAAUCUGUUUGAAUGCUGUGAGUACGGAACCAUCUUCAUGGAUCACGCGUUAGAGAACCAGCAGAGUGGGCCUCACGCUGCAUGCAGUAUCUGCCAGUGUAAUGAAUGUGGAGAAGCCUGGAGUUGCUCCUCUCAACCCACCACUCCAGUGAGAACUGUGAACGGGAAACAGGCUCAUAGGUGUGAGGGUUGUGGGCAGGACUUCCUGUGUCUCUCGGCCCUUCGUCAUCCUGCGACAAGUCUCACUGGUGAGAAAUCCUGUGUGUGUAACAAGUGUGAGAAAGAGCUCUGCAAUUUCUCACCCUUGUGGACGCAUGGGAGAGGUUAUCAGUAUGGAUGCCAAGACUAUUGCAAAACCUUGAAUCGUCCCCCAUCCUUCCUGUCACAUAAAAAAAUCCGUAACAGAGAUAAGCCUUACGAAUGUAAGAUAUGUGAGAAAACCUUUAGCUGUUUCUCAUCCCUCACGACACAUAGAAGAAUUCACAGUGGAGAGAGGCCCUAUGAAUGUCAGGAAUGUGAAAAGGCUUUCAGUGAGGCCUCAUCCCUCAAUCAACAUAAACGAACUCACAGUGGAGAGAAACCGUACCAGUGUAAGGAAUGUGGGAAGGCCUUUAAUCGGUCCUUCUCCCUCAAAACACAUAUGCGGACUCAUAGUGGAGAAAAACCGUAUGAAUGUAAAGCGUGUGGGAAAGCCUUCAGUCACGCCUCAGCCCUCACGAAACACGCUAGAACUCACACUGGAGAGAAACCUUACGAAUGUAAGGAGUGUGGGAAAACGUUCCGCUGUUCCUCAUUCCUAAUUAAUCAUCUAAGGAUUCACAGUGGGGAGAUGCCCUAUGAAUGUAAGGAAUGUGGGAAAGUAUUUAGACAAGCGUCAGACCUCAUUACACAUAGAAGAAUCCACAGUGGGGAGAGGCCUUACGAGUGUAAGGAAUGUGAAAAGAGCUUUAGAUGCUCCUCCCACCUCACGAGGCACAUGCAGAUUCACAGUGGAGAGAGGCCCCAUGAAUGUAAGGAAUGUGGGAAAACCUUUAGUCGGUCCUUCUCCCUCACCACGCACAUGCGAACUCACAGUGGAGAGAAACCUUAUGAAUGUGAAGAGUGUGGGAAAGUCUUUCGGCAAGCCUCAGACGUCACUAAACACAAAAGAAUUCAUAGUGGCGAGAGGCCCUUUAAGUGUAAAGAAUGUGGGAAAACAUUCCGAUGUUCCUCCCACCUUAUUAGACACAGGCAAACUCACAGAAGGCAGAAAUCUUAUGAAUGUAAGGAGUGUGGGAAAGCCUCCAGUAGUUCCUUCUCCCUCACACACAUAUGCGAGCUCACAAUAGAGAAAAGCCUUAUGAGUGUCAGUGAUGUGGGAAAGCCAUUAGUGAGAACGCAGUCCUCGCUAGACAUGUAAGAUCUCACACUGAAGAGAAGCCCGAUGAAUGUAAGAAAUGUAGUCAAUCUUUCUGUUGUUCCCCAUUCCGAAAGCAACCAGAAAAUAACUCAUAGUGGGGAAGGCUUUAUGAAUGUGAGGAAUGUGACACAGCCUUUCAGUGUUCCUCAGAUCAUACCAAACAUACAAAAACCCAGAGUGGCGAGAUUGCUAAGAUAGGAAGAAUUCAUAGUGGACACAUGUCAGAAAUGGAACAUUCAAUCCUUAAUGCUAUCAUUUCACACAGCAAGUUUUCCAAAGUCUGCUAUCAAAUAACAGCAUUUCUCAAGGAAUAAGAAACCAAGAAUAACUCAAAAGAAGAGUUUUCAUAUCCACCUUGCCCCGUUACAGGAGCCUUGGUGGCAUAAUAACAGUGCAUUGGUCUGCUAACCAUAGGGUCAUCAGUUUGAAACC